AUGUCGCUCGACUCAGCCGACCUCGCCGUAGAGCACAUGUCCGACGACGACCAAGUUAGCAGCGACCUGCCUGAUUUCGACGAGCAGACGAACACGAUCGACGAAGAAGACGAUUUCGAAACCACCUCGAUGGUCAUCAUGUCGGAUGAUGCUGGUCAAGUCUACGCACCACCCGCUCGCAUCGCCGCUCGUUUCUACCGCGAUCCCAAGUCUCGCCAAUACAAAUCAUCCGCCGCUUCAUCCCGUCGCAACUCGCUAUCCUCAAUCCAGUCGCAUACCUCGACCCGUUCGCUACGUCGCUCUUCAUCAUGCCAAAGCAACUAUAUCGCACAACACCUGCGCAGAGCAUCCAUCAUCGAAGCCCGCAAAGCACGCCUUGCCGACCGCGCUGCCCAUGCCGAAAAGGUCCGUCUACGAGCCGCCAUGGCCAAAGCCGCUCCUCGAGGAGAUGCCAGUGCUAGUGAAGAGCGGGCUCUUGCUGCCCAAACGGCUCGUGAAAACCAUCUUGCAAAAGUCGCUGCAGCGUGUGCUGAGGAGGUUCAGAGGGCAAAACAAAAGGCACAAGAGAUCAAACUCAGGAAACUCGAGGAAGAGAAACAGGCUCGCUUGGACAUGGAGGAGAGGAUGGCCGAUGCAGACAGAAGAAGAGCCGAGUACAAGCGUAACUUGACCUCUCGCAAGACUCGGCGAGCUAGCGAACAGGAAAAGAAGCUGCCUGAUGUUUCCGAAGCCGAAGACGACACGAGUCCUAAGGUGUCCAAAGAGACAGCCAUCUUAAGGAUACAACGAGCAUGGCGUAUGCGACGACGAAACUUGGUUAUAAAGGCGUAUGCAAACUUCCAUCUCAGUCUGGAAGGCAUUCGGGAACGAUCCUUCGAGGAAGUAGGUGCCUUGCUUUCAGACACACCUAUCAUCCAGGCCACUACUCGAGUCCUUCGUCUUCUUGCCCUGCAAGAGAAUGAUAAUACACCAUCGCCUCAAGCUACUCGGACCUUCCUCAGCGCUUAUCUUGUUAUUGUACAUCCAGCUUCCGUCUUCAGCAAGAAUGGUGCUCAGGAGCAACAUCUCAUUGCCAAAGCUCGCGAAUUAAUCGAGUCAUUCGAGUCUACCAUGUCUACGCUUUCCCGUUCAAGCCGCCUUGAGGUCCCAGCUGGCAGGCUUCAGGACUUGUCACAACUAUAUACAACCUAUAUUGCUGCAUUCGACGCAUGGAGAGCUCAAGAUUCAUCUGCUCUGGUCGAGACUAUGGUUGCCUCCUUUGUUGAGCUUGAUGCCAUCUGGCAAACUGUCAAAGACGACACUCAAGGUGCAGUUGCUGAAGAUUAUCGUCAAGGAAUUCGUGAUAAUCAGGUCAUGCUCCUCAGCAAGAUCCGAAAACUAGCCGGCCCCGACCGUGCCGAUUUCCUUAUCAAANAGUCGAUCCGUGAGAGCCGAAGAAGGCGUGUUAAGAGGAGGUCUCCUGCCGAAGUCCGCCCUCGUGCUGCUGCCGACGUCGAAGAUGGCCAAGCAGAGUCCUCGGGAUCUCUACCCAUUGCCACCGAGACUCUAUCACAAGACGCAGCUCCAAGCGAGGUUGAUUCACAAGAUGAUGUCCGCCUGAAUCUCGCUCGUUUGUUCUCGCCUAUUCCUAGCAACCGCGUGUUGACUCACGAGCUUGCCAUCGACAAGGACUUCCGCAUCUCCUCCAGUGCUCAUUCAGACAUCCGCGAUGCCAUCAAUCGCGAGCUUUGUGAUGGUAUGCGAGCUGGAGUUGAGCACGGAAUGGGAACCCCAUGGACAGUUGCUAUGGCCCAGGAGAUCAGGGCCAAGCUUGUGCAUAUCGUGAAGUCUGGCAACUCGAUGCACAAUUUGAUUGUCGAGGCUCUGGAUACUGAUUUGAUUUAUCGACAAUGCGAGCAGGGCAUAUUUUCUUACGCCAACUUCUUCUCCUUCAUGGCUAACAUCCUGCCAAAACUAUGUGCGCCUUUCCGUGAUGCGCAAGUGAAAACAUUGGCUGAGGAUCUCGAAUCAAACAAUGGUGAGGAUAUGGGCGCAAUGAUUGAAAAGCUUUUCCGCCUGUUGCACUUCAUCGACUUGCUCUCGCUUGAUUACUCAAACUUCUUGUUGAUGAAUGCGGCACCUGUUCUCAUCCGGGAAUCAGCUGGAUACGAGUCGCGAAUGUUUGCAGCAGAUCUUGCCUCGGGAAAGAUAACACUGGCUUCGACAGACCGCUGGUGGCGCAAUGCAAGCGUAAACAUGCUGACUGAGGCCGAUCGCCGGGACCCAGAACAGGUUCGCAACCCUGCGGACAGGCCUUCGAUUCAUCACAUCUAUACUCGAGGGUUGGUUGAUACCACCUUUGGACAAGGCCCAAUCAGCAUCAAUGAUGUACCGGAGACACUAACCCUCGAUGUAGAGCGUCUAUGCACUAUCAAGCAAAAGGCUUUGCACAUUACCACGAUCGGUGCGAUUUUGCUAGUAGCUAAGAACAUGCUGAAGCGCGACGUGCGCAGUUCAUGGAAAGCCGAAGCAUCUCGUCUCUGGGAUCUUCUUAGCAAAGAGUCACCUACCGAGACCACAUCAGAAGACGCUUUGGCAAGCCUCUCAUCUCGCGUAUUCGGUGUGCUCGAGAACGCACACAACCUGCCACCAACCACUAAAACCGCAUUGCAAUCUGCAACCUCUCGCAUCAUCACCCAAGCCUCUUCUCAACGCUUCACAGACCCCGUAGCCAAGGUUUUGUGCUCCAGGUUGCGAAGUCACGUCUUCUCACGCGUAGUAGCCAAGACGUCGAGUGAGAGAGUCAGAGCUGCGAGUGGCGCAUCAGAAGCAUUGGCUUCUGCCGGACUGCCUGAGUUCGUCACGCAAGUUGGCGAGAUGGUCGAGCUCUUGAGAAAGGUGGCAGAGGUUGACUGGGCAUCUCACGGUGUCUGGUACGAGCGGGUCGCCAGCGAAGUCAACCGAGCUGGCGAUACCUAG